GGCCAGUCUAUAUCAGUGGCCACACCAUCACCAGCAAUUGCUGGUAACGUACAGUUUCCGCACUCACACUGCGAAGAAUCGCAACAACAGAGAGGCAAUCGGAGCGGACGUUUCCCUUAAACAGAGGCAACUGAGAGGACCCUCGCCCAAGACAGCACCCACAAACACACACAGACAGAGCCAUGGUGGAGUACUACCAGAUAUUAGGAGUCCAGAGAAAUGCAACGCAAGAGGACAUCAAAAAAGCUUACAGAAAAUUGGCAUUGAAGUGGCAUCCAGACAAGAACCCAGACAACAAGGAGGAAGCAGAGAAAAGGUUUAAAGAGCUGUCAGAGGCGUAUGAAGUGCUCUCAGACGAAAACAAGAGGAAUAUUUAUGACCGAUAUGGCAAAGAAGGCCUUUCAGGAGGAGGAGGAGGAGGAGGAGGCCAUUAUGAUCACUUUGGCGGCAGCGGCUUUACAUUCCGUAAUCCUGAGGACGUUUUCAGGGAAUUCUUUGGUGGCAGAGAUCCAUUUGCAGAAUUGUUUGCUGACGACCCUUUUGAUGAUUUCUUCGGAGGUGGCCGCAGUCGCCAAAGGGGUGGAAGCCGGAACAGGAUGGGUGGUUCACUUUUUGGUUUCGGGGGCUUCCCAGGAUUCGGGUCUGGCUUCUCAGGGUUCGAUUCAGGUUUUACCACAUUUGGAGACAUGGGUGGAGGAGGUUUCACCUCUUUCUCGUCUUCAUCUUUUGGUGGCGGGGGAGGGGGAAUGGGCAAUUUCAGAUCUGUAUCGACCUCCACCAAGUUCAUCAACGGCAGAAAAAUUACUACAAAACGGAUCGUGGAGAACGGCCAAGAGCGAGUCGAAGUGGAGGAGGAUGGUCAGUUAAAAUCUCUAACAGUUAAUGACAUCGCAGCCGAAGACCCCUUAGAGGAAGAGUUUCGUCGCCGCAGACAGAACACACUUCCUGGCCUCAGCCUGCAUCAGCGCUACCUGAGAAACUCCGCCCAAAACCCCUCGGAGGAAGAGGAGGAGCACGGCCUACAGAGCCUAACGAGAGGACACCAAGACACCAAGAGGAAGAAACUGUGGCUGAAGGAGGCAGAGUCCAAAAAGAAAAGAGCUCAGCGACUCUUCCCACGAUUCAGUGGACUUGGUGCCUUUUUUUAAACACUCAGCCAAACACUUACACAAACACAAACACAAACACAAACACAAACACAAACACAAACACACACACACACACACACACACACACACACACACACACACACACACACACCAACAUAUUUGUUGGCAGAAACGCCAUCAGUCAUACGUGGCAUUAUUUCAUCUAUGCUAUGUAUCAGAGGCCCUACAUCCCCACUGCUGUGCCCUAUCUCCUCUUGUCUAUCAGCUGCAGUGCAGAGCAUAACCCCUGCAUGCUUUCAUCAGCCGAACAGUAGCCCGCAGUGACCUCACUUCAGUGUAUUGUUUUGUCUAAGGUCCAUUUUUAGCAGUUAAGCUUUUGCUAUUGCUGUAUUUAUUGUGGGUGGGCCCUGCGGAUGUACAGUGAGCGUUCAGAUCCUUAAUUAGUCUCCCACAAUUGGACCUUUCCACUUUUUACAGCAUGUUUUGAGAGAGUGUUGUUUUGUUUGAAAGGGUUCAGGUGGAAGGAGAAUUACAGUAGCAGCCUUGUUUGUGAUAAGCGUGAAAAUUACAGCACCAAUACUGUAUAGGGUGCGAGAAUAAGUGAAGGUCAAGUUAUUCAGUGAAUCCUCUUUUCAAUAGAGACAAGGGAGGAGAGGGAUAUCUGGAGAUUGCGAGAGUAAAACAGAAUGAAAGCACCGAAGAGGGAGUUUACAGAUGCACAUGUUCUGCUCACUCCUGCAUCAUACAUGAAAAAAGACUAUCAACAAAUCUGACAGUAAUAUUGUCCACUCUUUAGCACUACUCCCACAGGGUGAAAAACAGCUUUUAAGCCCUCUCACGGUCAUGAUUUUCUUUUCUUUUUUUUUGUAAGAUUUUUUGUACAGAGUGGAUUCAGCAACAUGUUCACCUUCCAUGAAUGUUUCCUAAAAGAUUCCUUAAGCAAAAUGACAAUUUCCCUCAUCUGAUUUGUCUUUGAGAGGUUGUUGGAAAUGUGUGAGAAAUGUUCAUUUUUUAUGGACUCCUACCAAUAAAUACAUAAAGAAAAA